CUAGGCAUGGGCUGCGCGGGCCGGGGCAGGGGCGUGUCUUUCUCUUCUCCUCGGGAAAAAGCGUGCCCCCAGCCGCGACCUACUCAACUCAACUCAACUUGAAGCUUGCUCACCCGCCGUGUUGGAAGAGAACUCAUUAAUCCAUUCCAUCACCCACAUCACUUGAAGCCUUCAAGCCCAGCCCAGCUCCCCCAUCCCCAUCCCCACCCCAACCCCAGCCCCAACCGCUGCCGCACGGCGACAUUCGGUUGACCUUCCAGCUUGACAUCGAGGCUCCGCUCGGCGCCUCGGCUACACGCUCCGAUAUUAUUUAUAGCCUCGGCCGGGGGGGAGAGGGAGGAAGAAGAAGCCAAGCGAGCGAGCGAUAGGGAGGGGGCGAUCGAGGAAGAGGACAAGCGCGAGUCGCCGAGGUGAUCUGCUGGUGGAAGCGCAAGCAAACAAGCGAGCAACAACGACCCCUGCUACGUACCGUACCUGCCUAGCUAAGCUAGCCACGGGGUACGAGGGAAAUCCAAGAAGGAGAAGAAGAAGAAGAAGCCCACCACGUACGGGCGGGCUUCCAUGGCGUCUAGCUGCUGCGGCAAGGGGCGCGCGCCGGUCGUCGUCCCCUUGCUAGCGCUGCUCGCCGUCUCAUGCGCCUUGUCGGUGUCGGCGAGCGGCGGCGCCGGGGGCAACGGCACGCGGACGGCGGAGUUCCGCUCCGGGGACGAACUGCGAGCUUACCGGACCAUCCUGGCCCGGAUGGUCAGGAUGAACAAGGCCUCCGUCAAGACCAUUCAGAGCUCCGACGGCGACGUCAUCCACUGCGUGCCGGCGCACCUCCAGCCGGCGUUUGACCACCCCAAGUUGAGAGGCCAAAAGCCAGAGGCUGAGCCCGUGGACAGGCCCAAGAUCGUCGUCAGCCACGACGCUGCCGGAGAAGAAGAAGAAGGGGACGCCGAGUUCCCGCAGGCGUGGAGCGACGGCGGCGAGUCGUGCCCCGGCGGGACGGUCCCGAUACGGCGGACCACGGAGAGCGACCUGCGGCGGUACUCCGGCUCCCUCCGGCGGUACGGCAUGAAGCCCCGCGCCGCCGGCGUCCGGCGCGACUCCACCAGCGACGGCCACGAGCACGCGGUGGGGUACGUGACCGGCGACCAGUUCUACGGCGCCAAGGCGAGCCUCAACGUGUGGCCGGCCAGGGUGGCCUCGGCGGCGGAGUUCAGCCUCUCCCAGAUCUGGGUCAUCUCCGGCACCUUCGGCAACGACCUCAACACCAUCGAAGCCGGCUGGCAGGUGAGCCCUCAGCUGUACGGCGACAACAGCCCUCGCUUCUUCACCUACUGGACGAGCGACGCGUACCAGGCGACGGGGUGCUACAACCUGCACUGCUCGGGGUUCGUGCAGACGAACCGGCGGAUCGCGAUCGGGGCGGCAAUCUCGCCGGCGUCGGCGUACAACGGCCGGCAGUUCGACAUCAGCCUGCUCAUAUGGAAGGACCCGCGGCGGGGCCACUGGUGGCUGCAGCUGGGGUCGGGCCCGCUGGUGGGGUACUGGCCGUCGUCCCUCUUCUCCCACCUCGGCGGCCACGCCAACAUGGUGCAGUUCGGCGGCGAGGUGGUGAACACGCGGCCGGCGGGGUCGCACACGCCCACGCAGAUGGGGAGCGGCCACUUCCCGCGGGAAGGGUUCAACCGCGCCGCCUACUUCCGCAACGUGCAGGUGGUCGACUGGGACAACAACCUCCUCCCGGCGAGGGACCUCCGGCUCGUCGCCGACCACCCGGCAUGCUACGGCAUCCAGGGCGGCUACAACCGCGCCUGGGGCGACUACUUCUACUACGGCGGGCCGGGAAGGAACGUGCACUGCCCCUAGCGCUUACGUUACCUGCCGAUCGUCGCCGGAGACGGAGAAGGAGAAGAAGGAGAUCCAUCCAUCGAUCUACUUAUGAUUGAUGAGAACAGUACGUACUGCUGAUUGAUCGUUGAUUCUUACUGGUGCUACGUACGUGAUGAUCGUUACCGAGGAACGGACGGCGACGGCAUCGAUCAUACUAUAUAGGUAGCUAGCUGGCUGGUGGUUUCUCGAUCGGGUUGACGCGUACGUUCGUGGCGCGCGCGGUGCUUCUUUUGAUGUGGUUGAGGCUUGUUCUUUUUUUUCCUUUUCACCUUUUGAGCUACCUAGCGUGUAUACGUGAAGAAACUGACAUAUAUAUAGAGAGAGUGUAUUGUGGAUU